AUGUCAGUCAGGACCAUGGUAAGCAGACGACAAGCGAAGCUACUGUACCUGCUAAUUUUCACAUCCGUGUCGACUUUCUCGUUUUUGAUCCUCUUCCGGGACAGCCACAAGCUGCUUCCGCACAACAUACAGUUGAUUUCUGACGACGCCGCCAGCUGGAUGAGACCAGCUGAGCACAUUUCUCAUAAGCGCGGGUUUUUGCUAGACACUCCACAUUGUAAGAUCCCAGACCUGGACCCCCUUGACAUUUCGGUGAUGCAGAAGAUUAAACGUCGCGGGGAGCUGCUUUGUUUUCAGAAAAUAUCCAUAACUUACACGGAAGGAUCGGUACUGAAGUUAAAUAGGACAAAGAUUGAACAAAAAUUAGGGGGAGAUUUCAAAUACUGCCAGUAUCAGCCAAUCAGAAGAGGACCGAAGAACAGCGAUUUUGUCUUUGUAUACGGGGGCGUGAGCAACGCGUUUGAUCACGAUAUCUUGGUGCCUCCAGAAAAUGAGUUCCUGAGGGUUCACUGCUAUAGCCACAGCGAUGGGAAGAUCGCCACAAACUUCCACGCCGUGGUGACUCCCAAAGAAGACGUGGAACAUAGGUCUGACUACCUCUUUAAGCAACAUCUGAAGAAGGUCGCUCCCAAAGAAACGUACAACGUUCAUAUGAUUGGCGUGGAUUCAGUCUCCAGACUCCACUUUAUUCGACAAAUGCAGCAGACACGACAGUUUCUGCACGAAGAACUGCAGGCUUUCGAAAUGUCCGGGUACAAUAAAGUUGCAGAUAAUACAUUCGUCAAUAUCGUCCCUAUGAUGGUCGGGAAAUUCGUCCAUGAAAUGGGGUGGAAUGAAACCAUGUCUGAUCGCCCCUUUGACGAGUACCCGUUUCUGUGGAAAAACUUCUCCAAAGCUGGCUAUCGGACCUUGUACGCCGAAGACGCUCCCAAGAUGGCAAUAUUUGUUUAUGCAAAAGAAGGUUUCCACACACCACCUGCCGACUACUACAACCGUCCGCUGGCGUUGGCGAUGGAGACACAGAGGGACAUCUGGAGCAGGGACCACCAUUGCGUGGCUGACAGGUUGGAAACCACAAUGUUGCUGGAUUACGUCACCGAUUUUUCGCGAGUAUUUAAAAAGAAGCCCCACUUUGGAUUCACCUUCAUAACGAGGCUGACCCAUGACAGUCAAGAGUUAGCCGGAUCUGCUGACUAUGCCUACCUCAAAUUCCUUAAACGAUUUAAAGACGAGGGCCAUUUUAACAAUACUGUGCUUAUCCUUUACAGCGACCACGGCUAUCGUUUCGGCACAAUGCGAUCAUCUUACAUGGGGAAAGUAGAAGAGCGACUCCCUUUCCUUUAUUUAAUUUUCCCUCCCAGUUUCCGUAACAAAUAUCCACAGCUUGUGAAAAAUUUAAGGAUAAAUUCCCGUCGGCUGACAACGCCGUUUGACAUCCACGAAACUUUGAAAGACAUCUUAUAUUUUGACGGCGCUGCCAGGAAAGCUGACAUCUCCAGUAGAGGUAUCAGCUUGUUUAGAGAGAUCCCCGCAGAACGGACUUGUGACCACGCGCAGAUCCUCCCCCAUUGGUGCCUGUGUCUGGAGCAGAAGAGGCUGAAUGCAAACAGCAGACUUGCCAAACUGAUUGGCAAUGCUGUGGUUGACCACAUAAACGCCCAGCUCAUGCCCGUGUCCCACUUGUGCGCUGGUCUCAGACUACAUAACGUCUCCGAAGUUGUUCAGAUGGAGUCCAACGAGAAAGUGCUUCGUUUCUCCGACACUUUCCACGACGUCAUCAACAGAACAGUUGUCUAUGGAGCUAAAACGGAAGCACCAGUGGUGUACCAGGUGACUCUGUCUACUGUACCAGGCCACGCCAUGUUUGAGGCAACCAUGACAUAUGACCCCUCAGUGGAUACGUACAAGUUAGGGGGCGACAUUAGUAGAAUCAAUGCCUACAGUGAUCAGUCUCUCUGUGUGAACAAUUCUUUAUUGAAGAAGUUCUGCUUCUGUCUGGACACUGGCCACUCUCCAGAACAAACCGAGCACUGA